AUGGAAAUAUAUGGUUCAUCAUGUUUACUUCAAACUUAUGAAACAAAUCGUUUAAUUAUCUCAGAUAUUCCACGUUUUUUAAUAAUUAAUCAACCAAUUGAAUUUACUAUUGAUAUAUCAAAUGCUGGUAAAGGUCAACUUGAAGUUGAUAUUAAUAAUGAUCAAGUACCAAAACAAGUUAAAACAUUAGAAAAUUCAAAAUUUCAAUUUCAAUUUAUUCCAUUAUUAAAUGAACCUUAUAUUAUUUCUAUUAAAUUUAAUGGACAUCAAGUAUCUGGAUUUCCAAAACAUUGUCAAGUUAUUACAUCAGAUAAUAUAAAAAUUCAUGGUCCUAAUCUUCAAUCAAUAUUAAUUGAUACACAAACUUGGUUUACAAUUGAUAUAUUACAUGUUGAUUUAUCUGAUUUACAUAUAACUAUAUUUACACCAACUAAUGAACAAAUACAACCAUCAACACUUCUAACUUCCGAUGGACUUCGAAUAGAUUGGACACCAUUAGAAAUAGGAACUUAUAUUAUUCAUAUGAUAUUAUAUGGUUAUUCAAUACCUGGUAGUCCAUUACGUGUAAAAUGUUAUGAUCCAAAAAAAGUUAUUGUUAUACCACCUAUAAAUGAUAGUAUUAUUGGAGAACCAACAAAAUUUCUAAUUGAUGCAUCAAAAGCAGGUGAAGGUAAUCUUGAAAUAAGUGUUAAUUAUUCUGAUUAUCAUAUUCCUAAUCAAAUUAAUCCAUUUGGAAAUGGUUAUUUCGAAGUUCAAUUUAUUCCAGAAAAACCUUUCAUACAUUAUUGCAAUAUUCUAUUCAAUAAUGAACAUGUAUCAGGAAGUCCAUUUCCUGUAAAUGUUAUGGAAAUACAACGUAUAAUUGCAAUUGGUAAAGGUCUUGGUUCAAUUCCAAUUCAUAUUCCAACAUCAUUUACAAUUUUAACACCUGAUGGUACUAAUGGAAUAUUGAAAUGUUUGAUAAAAGGACCGAAUAAUCAUUUCAUUGAAUGUCUUUUAACAAAAAUUGAUUUAAAUCGAUAUGAAGUUACUUAUACACCUGAUCGUGUUGGUGAAAUUCGUAUAGAAAUUUUUUAUGAUAAUAUACCAAUUGAUAAGAGUCCAUUCAUAGCUCGAUCAUUUGAUGUUAAUCAAAUAAAAAUUCUUAAUUUUCCAUCAUCAACUAUUGUUGGUUCAUCAACAUAUUUUACUAUUGAUGCAACAAAUGCUGGUGCUGGUAGUCUUGAAAUAGCUGUAUCAAGAGAUGGAAAAAAUAUUCCAAAUUAUGUACAAAAUGAAGGUAGUACUUGUUUUCGUAUUAAAUUUAUUCCUGAUCAAUUAUGUAUACAUGAAGUUCAUAUUAAAUUUAAUGGAAUUCAUAUACAAGGAUCACCUUUUCAAUGUAAUGUAUUUUCAAAUGAAUUUAUAUUUGAAAAUUAUGAAUAUGCAGCAAUUAAUAAACGAACAUCAUUUUUAAUUAAAUCAAAAUUAUAUAAUUUUAAUUCAAAUAUUUAUGUUAAUAUUAUAACUCCAUCUAAUAAUGAAAUAAAAGGAAAAAUUGAAAAAAUUUCAAUAAAUUCUUAUACUAUUGAUUUCAUACCAUAUGAAAUUGGUAAACAUGAAAUAAGAUUUUAUGAUAAUGAAGAAAAAAAAAAUAUUAUAACGAAAUAUAUUUGUCAAGUUUAUGAUAUAAGUAAAAUACGUUUAAGUGAUUUACCACUUGCUAUUACUCAUCAACCAUAUAAAUUUACAAUUAAUACAUCUGACGUUGGUCAUGGUAUUUUAUCUGUUAGAAUUAAACAAAAUGGAAAUAAAAUAUUACAUGAACAAAUAGAAAUUUCUCCUCAUAUUUAUCAAAUUUUAUUUACACCUGAAACAGCAGAUGAAUGUACUGUACAAAUAUCAUUUAAUGAAGAAAAUAAUUUACGAACAUUAAUAAUACCAGUAAGAAAUGAUUGUGAACAAAUUCGUGUUUCACCAAUUCCUUCAGGUGUUGUUGGUCGACCAAUUAUUUUCAAUAUCGAUGUUUUUGAUGCAAAUCUUGUUUCAAUACUUGUCACUGAAUCUUAUACUGGUCAAAUUGUAUCACAUACAAUGAAAUCAAUAUCAAAUGAUAAUAAACAUUAUGAAAUAUCAUUUAUACCAAAUAUAGCUCGACAACAUAUUGUAAAAAUAUCAUAUAAUGAAAAAAUUCUAUCAACAAAUCAUAUUGAUGUUUGUAAUAUAAAUAAAAUUUAUGUUAGUUCUAUUCAUAAUGGUAUUGUUGGUAAACCAUUAAUAUUUUCUGUUGAUACAUAUGAUGCUGGUGAAGGUCAUUUAGAAGUAACAAUAAGUGAUGGACAACGAACAUUACCAGCUGAAUUAAAAAAUAAUCAAACAAGAAAAUUUGAUAUUGCUUUUAUACCUGAAAUAAGUGGUUUACAUACAAUUGUUAUUACAUUUAAUGGAAUUUCUAUUGAAGGAAGUCCAUUUAUUAUUCAUAUUGAUGAACCAUCUAUAAGUGAUGAUCAUAGUUUAGAUGAAGAUAAUGAUAAUGAUUUUGAAUUUUUAAUUGGUGGACAAUUAGAAGGUACAAAAAUUGGUGAAAUAGCUUGGAUUAUUUGUGAAACAUCAUUAACUGAUAUGUAUGAAGAUUUUAAUUUAUACGUAACUGAUCCAGAAAAAGUUAUUAUAAAACAUACACGAAUACAAGAUUUAGAUGGACGAUGGCGUAUUGAAUUUGAACCAACACAAGCUGGUAUUUAUCAAAUACAAACUGGUAGUGAUAAAUCACAAAUUACAUUUUCAUCAGUAGAUAUAUUACCAUUAGAUUAUGAACGAUAUAUUUAUGGUGAACGUAUUGUUUAUUUGAAUGCAUUAAAUUUUAUUUCAAUUAUUUCUGAUAAUGAUGAUGAUGAUGAUAUUAAAGUUCGAUUAAUAUCUUCAAAUAAUAAUGAAAUUCCAAUUGAAAUAGAAAAACAUUCAUCAGAAUGGAAAAUUUAUUAUUCAUUAACUGAAACUGGUUAUUAUCAAUUGAAUAUUAUCGAUGAUGAUGAUGAAAAACAAUUAUUUGAUAUAUAUUGUAUAACUGAAAAAAUUGAUGUUUUUCGUAAUGGUGGUAUUGAAGAUAUAACACGAUUAAUUAUUGAUCGUACAAAAAUUAUUGGAGAUGAUAUUAAUGUUAUUGUUAAAGAUGGAUUAGCUCAUACAAUUCCAGCUGCAUUUUAUCGUAAUUUAAGUAGAGAUCUUGUUAUUGAAUAUAUACCUGUUCGAACAGAUAUACAUGAAAUAUUUAUUCGUACACAAAAUAAACUUCUUGAUAUAUGUCCUAUUCGUAUAAUGGCAUUUUGUGCUGAAAAGUCAUAUGAACCUGUACUUCGUGUACAAAUUAAAGAAAUUCUUGAACAUACAUUUUCAGGUGUAAUUGAUCAAAAUAAUCAAUUAGAAAUAAGUGUUACUGAUCCAUUUGAAAGACCAAUAUCAUUUCAACGUUCAAAAAAUGAACAUGGUGAAUUAACAAUAUCUUUAUCACCUGUUCGUGUUGGUACUCAUUGGAUAUGUAUAUCAAAUGAUGAAAAUGAUUCUUUUGCUCUAUUACCAAUAUUUGCUUAUGAUGAUGAUUAUAUUCCAUUAUCACCGAUUGAUAAACAAUCAUUACAUGAAAAAAUAAUAUCAAAUGAUCAUGAUACACAUAGUACAAAUGAUUCAUAUUCACCAUGUCGAGAAUUUACAACAGUUAGUGAGACAUCUGAAUUUCGUCCAUCUCGACAAUCAUCACUUUCACCUUUACGUGUACCAUCUCCAAUAAAAGAAGAUAUAACAAUCACUUCACCUAUUAUUUCAAAUGAAUUUCUUCAAUCAUCUAUUAUUAAUGAUCAAUCAAAUUCUGUUGUACAAACAUAUGAUAUAACUGAUCUAAACGAUCCAUGUAUUUGUCAUAUAUCAAAAUUUUAUCUCAAAGAUCCAGAUGAUAAAUUUAAUAUUAUUAUACAUGAUACUAAUGGAAAUACAAUUGAUUAUAAAAUAGAAUGUCUUUCUGAUGGACGAAAAUGUAUUUCAUAUGAACCAACUAUUGUUGGACCUAUGAAAAUUUAUAUAUUAAAUAAAAAAGAAACAUUUAAUGAAAAUCCAUUGAUAGUUAAUGCAUUUGAUCCAUCAGCUGUACAUUUAAUUAAUUUUCCUAAGAAUAUACAAAUAAAUAAAACAACUUGUUUUUAUAUUGAUCCAAUAAAAGCUGGAAAAGGAAUAAUACAAAUUAUUAUCAAAGAUUCAAAUAAUCAAUCUUUACCUAUUACUAUUCAAAAACAAUCAAAUGAACAAAUUGUUGUUCAAUUUAAACCAAUUGUUUUAGGUUUACAUACUGUUUCAAUACUAUUCAAUCGAAUUCCUAUAAGUAGAACACCAAUGCAAAUAUUAGUUGAAAAUAUUGAACAACAAUCUACAAUUAAAAGUGUUCGAUCGUCUAAAAUAGAAGAACGUGGACGUUCAAUUUAUUCAAAACAUGAAUUAUUAUUACUUGCACAACACCAACAACCACAACAAGAAGAAGAAAAGCCAGAUAAAUUAUCUUCACAAAUAAUAAAUUCUCAAUUAGUAAAAUCAAAUGAAAUUGUUGUUCGACAAAAAGAUUUAGUAUUAAAAUCACAAUCUAUACCGUUGAAUGAAACCGAAAUUCAACGAUUACAAUUAAUAAAAGAAAAAUUCGAAUGUGGACAACCGAUUGAUGUUAUAUUUGAUCCUCGACCAUAUCCAUUCAAAGUAAUAUUAAAAAAUUCUUAUCCAAUUAUUAAUGAUGAUAUACAUUUCUUACUGAAUCAACCUCAUAUCGCUUAUGUACAUAUAACAAUUAAUGGAAUACAAAUACCUUUACUAGCAACUCGUAGACAUGAUAAUACAUUUUUACUUAAAUUUCGACCAAUACUUGCUGGUGAUUAUUCAAUUAUAUUAAAAGAUUAUAUUGGACAACUUAUUCUAGGUUGUCCAUAUAAUUUUCCUGUUUAUAAUCCAAAUGGAAUUCAUAUCGAAUCAUUUAAUCAUUUACAACCAAUAAAUGAUUGUCAUUUUAUCUGUAAUAUUGAUAAUAGUGGUCAAGGAAAAUUUUUUGUAAUGAUAUAUGAUCAAUUAAAACCUAUAAAAAUUCCUUGUCAAAUACAAACACUUUCAAAAAAUCGUAUACGAAUAUCAUUUUUACCAAAUAAAAUUGGUACAUAUAAAAUUUAUAUUGCUUAUAGAAAUAUUCCAAUUAACGGUAAGUAA